UCUUCAGUGCGGUCUUUUGACUCCUGUCGCCCACCGUACACACACAGAGCGCUGCUGCAGCAAAACGCUUCCGAGCCGUCGAUAUAUAAAAACAUCGUAUGAUAAUCCCACACAAACGUUUUUACAAAGUUGCUUUAACCGUGUGUGAUCAUGACCGAGUACUCACACGUCAAGUCCACCAAGCUGGUCCUGAAAGGAUUAAACGAUAAAAGAAAGAAGAAAAAGAACAAGGACAAAAAGAGAAAACGAACAUAUAUCAUUGACCAUUCCAAAUAUGAGAUAGAUUCCUCAGGUGGAUGGUGGACAGUGAAGAGCUUCGGUGAGCUCACAGGCACAGUGGCCAUUGAGAUGCACAAAAAGUCCUUCAUUCAUGCGCUGGACACUGGACUCUUCACUGUAGGAGCGCCACAUAAAGAGGAUGAAGGCCCAGAUCCUCCAGAGCAGUUCACUGCCAUCAAAGUCUCAGACUCCAGGAUAGCGCUGAAGUCAGGCUAUGGGAAGUAUUUAGGUAUAAACUCAGACGGUGUUGUGGUCGGUCGAUCAGAUGCCAUCGGCUCCAGAGAGCAGUGGGAACCAGUGUUUCAGGAUGGUAAGACGGCCUUACUUGCUGCAAACAGCUGUUUCAUCUCUUACAGUGAGAGCGGAGACAUAGUGGCCAAAAACAAGACCGCGGGAGAGGAGGAGAUGAUCAAGAUCCGUUCAUGCACAGAAAGAGAGGUGAAGAGAAAAGACGAUAUUGCAGAUGAAGACAGGGGUGAUGUCAAGAACUGUGAGGUCAACUACGUGAAGAAGUUCCAGAGUUUUCAGGAUCGGAAGCUGAGGGUAAAUGAGGGAGACAGUGGUACGCUGAAAAAAGCCAGAACAGAAGGAAAAUUCCAUGAGGCCCUGCUGGACAGGAGAGCCAAGAUGAAGGCUGACAGAUACUGCAAGUGAAACCAGCAGUUUUUUUUUCAUCAUCAUUAUAAUUUUACAUUGUCAUGGAAUCUGCCAUUUUUUUUUUUUUAAUAAUAAACCUAGUCACUUUUCACAAGAAAACAAUGUUGUUGUUGUUUUUAAAUAUCCUAUCAAUUAUAUUGUUAUUAGCAACAGUAAUUUGUUUAAUAUUGAAUUGUACAUUUGCUUAAUUCACCAAAUUAAAUGGAUUGUAAACUCAAAAAUCUCAAUGCCAUUGUUGUUAUCCAAUUUUCUGUUACAUACAAAGAAAAGAAUGAUUAAUCUAUGGAA